CUCAUUUAAGUGCACGCCCACAGACUUUGCCAUGGACAAUCUGCUAGCUCCUAUCCAAGAUGCUCUGGAAGGCCAAAUAGACUACCAAGGCCAGCACAUGGCAGAACUUCUUUCUACGGUCCUUCUCAUCAUGUCAGGUGCUAUUGCUUUCCUUGUGGGAUACAUUCAGCAAGACAUUCAUCUAACCCUCUGGGUUGGACUCGCGGGUACAGUAGCAACUGGCUUGAUGGUGAUCCCGCCUUGGCCUAUGUACAACAAGAGGCCUGAAAAAUGGCUGGCACCGACGUCGGCAGAUAUGGGAGUUGCAGGGGUCAUGGUAGAUGGUGUAAAGUUGCAUGAGAUUUAG